AUGUCUGGACCAGGCGUUGGUUAUCAAUAUCCUCCUCAGAGAGUCUCGUGGUUGAGACGAGAUGUCUUGCUCUUUGCCAACACAGUUGGCUGUACCGACGAUGAGCUUCAGUUCCUCUACGAACUUCACCCCAGCUUUACCGUCUUCCCGACAUACCCCGUAGCUCUCCUCUUCAAGGGCGACACACAGGACGUGGUGGACUUUUACGCAGCCCAGAAGGCCGUCAAGAUUCCCGGAGUGCCAGACUUUGACCCAAGUCGUGUAGUCGACGGACAGCGCAAGAUGGAGUUCCUGAAGCGGCUUCCCGUGUCGUCCGAGGGCAAAAGAUUCGAGUUCCGCACAAAGGUGAUUGGGGUCUACGACAAGGGCCACCCCGGCAGCGUAGUCGAGACGCAGUCUGACUUGGUGGACGCGGGCAGCGGCGAAGUCUACUCACGGGUGACAACCAGCUCGUUCUAUGUCGCGCAGGGGAACUGGGGGGGACCUAAGGGCCCGCCGACGGUUAGCUUCCCUCCGCCGGUAGACGAGAAGCCCGAUUUGGUGCUAGAGCACCAGUCAACCAAGCAGUCGGGCCUGCUGUACCGCCUCAACGGCGACUACAACCCGCUCCACGCCACGCCCGAGCCGGGGGCGGGCAUGGGCUUUGGGGGCUCCAUCAUGCACGGCCUCUACUCGUGGAACAUGGCCUGCCACGAGAUUCUGAAGGAGCUGGGCGGCAGCAACCCGGCCAACCUCAGGGAGUUCCAGGCGAGGUUUGCCAGCCCGGUGAUUCCCGGGGACAAGCUCAUCACGAGCGUGUGGCGGACGGGGCAGAGGACGGGCGAGUACGAAGAGGUACGGUUCACCGUUCAGGUGGCAGGGGGCAAGGUGUGCCUGACAAACGGAAGGGCGCUGGUUAGAGUUGUCGCCAAGGAGAAGGAGAGGAAGAGCCGGUUGUGA